CAGGUCACUGUUUUUACCCGUGAACACACAUGGCUUUGUUACGAAAAAUUAAUCAGGUGCUGCUGUUCCUUCUGAUUGUGACCCUCUGUGGGAUUCUGUAUAAGAAAGUUCACAAGGGGACGGUGCUCAAGAAUGAAGCAGAUGACGACUCUGAGACUCCUGAGGAAUUGGAAGAUGAGAUCCCUGUUGUGAUUUGUGCAGCAGCAGGGAGAAUGGGUGCUGCAAUGGCUGCCAUCAACAGCAUCUACAGCAACACUGACGCCAACAUUCUGUUCUAUGUAGUCGGGCUCCGGAACACUCUGUCUCGAAUACGAAAAUGGAUCGAGCAUUCUAAACUGAGAGAAAUAAAUUUUAGAGUCGUGGAGUUCAACCCUAUGGUCCUCAAAGGGAAGAUCAGACCAGACUCAUCGAGGCCCGAGUUGCUCCAGCCUCUGAACUUUGUUCGAUUUUAUCUCCCUCUGCUUAUCCACCAACACGAGAAAGUCAUCUAUUUGGACGAUGAUGUAAUCGUACAAGGUGACAUCCAAGAACUCUAUGACACCACCUUGGCCCUGGGCCACGCGGCUGCAUUUUCGGAUGACUGUGAUUUGCCCUCAUUUCAGGAUGCGAACAAAAUUGUGGGGCUGCAGAACACGUACAUGGGCUUUCUGGACUACCGGAAGAAGACUAUUAAAGACCUUGGCAUAAGCCCCAGCACGUGCUCAUUCAAUCCCGGGGUGAUCGUGGCCAACAUGACGGAAUGGAAGCACCAGCGCAUCACCAGACAGCUGGAGAAAUGGAUGCAAAAAAACGUGGAGGAGAAUCUCUACAGCAGCUCCCUGGGAGGCGGGGUGGCCACCUCCCCGAUGCUGAUUGUGUUCCACGGGAAAUACUCCACAAUCAACCCCCUCUGGCACAUAAGGCACCUGGGCUGGAAUCCAGAUACCAGAUAUUCAGAGCACUUUCUGCAAGAAGCAAAAUUACUCCACUGGAAUGGAAGGCAUAAACCCUGGGACUUCUCCAGUGCCCACAACGACCUCUGGGAGAGCUGGUUUGUUCCAGACCCUGCAGGGAUAUUUAAACUCCAUCACCACGACACCUGAUAGAACUGGGCGAAUUUUAGAUACUUUCUGUAUGAAAACGUGGAAUUGUCCACUUGUAACCUACUAUGACAUCAUUCUUCAGGAACGGUAUCUUCGAUACGUAUGACGCACAAUGUGAAAAACGAAGACUGCUGUGUGCUGGUAGUAGCUUGGGUCCCGCUGGUGCGGAUGUACUUCCUUAAGUACAAGUGGUAAUUGUGGAAAUCAAGAUUCUGUGAGUGAAACAUAUGGUUGGAAACAAAGAAAGAAACCCAUCUGGGUUUCAGCAAUCAAUCUGCUUAACUCAGUGACAAUUAUAUAAAAUUUCAAAAAUUUUCUAAAUGUAUUUUUCACAUGUAGGUAUUUUUUAACAGG